AGUCUUGAAUCUGUUGGUAAAACACAUGGAUCAUCUUGACCACGCUGAUCAUUCCUAUCGACUCUUAUGCCCAAACGAACGAUAUGAAAAAGAGAAAGAUGGCAAAGUGAUAACAAUCAGUGGGAGAAUCCAUCACAUAAUGAAUAGUUCAUAUUUCAUUUCUGAGGCUGAAGAAGAAAAGUGCGAUCCAAAUCUCCACUCGCUUCUUUGCAAAAACAGAAAAGAAAGUUCAGAAGUGUACGCAACAUAUAGGUGCUGUGCUUGUGGGCAAAAACUAUUAGGUGAAACCUAUUACGUCUGCAGCUAUUGCGACCUAAACUACCACAACGAAUGUGUUGAGUCUCCUUCCGUGUUCCAUUCUUCUGAUCAUCCAAAACAUCCUCUUCAACUUGUCUCGAUUCCCGGCAUGUUUUUCUUUGAACAUGAUAAACGAUGUUUUUCUUGUAGACAUCGCCAUUGCGAGCUAUUUUACUACUGCUCUAUUUGUGAUUUCUCACUCCAUCCAGUCUGUGCGAGAAGUCCAACAUCCCUAACUGUAGACAGUCCAAAAAGGCAUAAGCAUACCCUCCAUUACUUUCCCAGGAACUCCGGUCUGGUUUGCGAUGUCUGUGCGUUGGUGGACGGUUCCGAUUACUCAUAUGUAUGUCUCCUAUGCGAUUUCUUUGUCCACAAACGAUGUCUCGACUUACCAUAUGUCAUAAAGGUAUCUCGCCACGAUCAUCGUCUCGCUUUUACUCCUACUCUUCCUUACAAAGAGCCGACGAAGACGACUGAUUGUGGAGUUUGUCAUGCGACGAUAAACGAAAAUUACGGAGGAUACUCUUGCACCAGGGAGGGAUGCGUUUAUGCACUGCAUUCCCGAUGUGCCAUGCAAAGCGAUGUGUGUGACCGGAAAGAACUUGAAGGAGAGCCUGAAGAAGUAUAUGAAGACACUAAAAUGUUUGAGGAGAAAGGUGAUGGGGUUAUACAGCAUCGGAGUCAUCCGCUUCAUCUAUUGCGACUUGAAAAUAUAUCCCACCAUGAAAGCAAGCCUUGUCAAGCGUGCAGACUUCCUUCUAAUUAUUGCGGGCACGGCCAUGGUGAUGUGUACCGAUGUUUGCAAUGUGAUGAUUUCAUUUUACAUAAAUCAUGUGCAUAUCUUCCUCGUGUUGUCCAAUUUAUGCUACACGUUCAUCCAUUGACUCUAGAACUCAGUUAUACCACAACCGGGUUCCGAUGUGUGAAAUGUCAUCGUUACUCAUCCGGUUUCGCAUUUGUAUGUCAUCUUCGAGGGUGGUGUGAAUAUUAUUGGGUGGUAGACACUCUUUGUGCUUCUAUAUGUGAGCCGUUCCAUCACCACUCUCAUUCACAUCCCUUGUUCGUCACCUGCGGUGAACACGAAACCAAAACAUGUUCCAUCUGUCAAUCAUCAGAGGAACAACCUUUAAACUGUGUGAAAUGCUAUUUUGUUUUGUGCUUUCGUUGUGCCACUCUUCCACAUAAAGCCAGAUACGAACAUGAUGAGCAUUUGCUGACUUUUUCCUACCAAGAAGAUGCAAGUGAUGAGCUAUAUGGGUGCGAAAUAUGCGAGGAAGAUAUAAACCCAAAGAAUGGGUUAUAUGUAUGCAAUGAGUGUGGAGUCACACUCCACAUCGAAUGUUUACUAGGGAGAGAUCCCUAUGUCACGCCUGGAUCAUAUUGGACGGGUGUUCUUUUCAACACUCAUUCAACUCGGCCUAUAUGUAAAACAUGCAAAAGACGUUGUCCUUACAAAAUAAAGAUAAAUUCAUCUAGCACAGGCGGCCCAUACUGCUCUGUUGAUUGCCUUGAAACUGAUCAUCGCGUGGGAAGAGGCUUCUUUAUAUAGGUAUCAUGUAUCAAGGAUAGGAUGGUAUCAGAACCAUUUCAUGUUUUAUUUAUUUAGAAUUUAUUCGUAAUAAACAGCGUUCAUGUAACAAUUAUUGAGUUUACAAAACACCAAA